AUGACUAAAGAUAAUUCAUAUCAAACUGCUCAUGAGAAAGUUCAAUCUCCAACACACGUUCCAACUUCGUUCAAAUGGUCUCAAGGAGGUGACCAUGUAUCAAUAGCUGGUUCAUUUGAUCCUCCAAUACAAUCAUGGACUCCAAUUGAAAUGCCAAAAAAUUCAAAUAAUGUUCAUGAAGUUACUUUGAAUUUAUUACCCAAUAAAAAAUAUUUUUUUAAAUUUGUGGUGGAUGAUAAGUGGGUUUUGGAUCCUACUUUAGAAUCUUGCUUGGAUGAAAUUGGUAAUUAUAAUCACGAGAUUUGCGUGGAACCUUUAAAACCUUGCUUGGAUGAAGGUUGUCAUUUAAAUAGUGAGGUUCGUGUGGAACCUUUAAAAUCAUCCGCCUCUGAAACUUUUAUCGGAAAAGAUAGAGGCUUAAAAGAUACAGUGGUUGAAGAGGAACAUGUUGCAGUCGAAGAACAUGAAGAAAAUAAUUCCAAGAGUAAAUGUAAUAUAUUAUAA